CGUUGAAAUAUAGUCUGACGUAGGCUUCUCAAACUAACAAAUAUGUAUGGUGUGAUUUAUUACGGUUAUUUGCGUGUGUUUAUCAUUGCACCUGGCGUUGGUCUAAAUGAGUGGUGCUGCAUGCAUGGAGCACACAUCAGUCAGUAACGCAGCAUGCAGAGGAAGUCGGCAGACAACGUGUGCGUCGACGAAUUAGCGAUAUAAAGCGGCAUAAAACUACCGCGACGAACGUAAUCGAGUAACAUAACAGCCCGCGUUGCCCUAUUGCGAAUGGAGAGACUCGAAAACCGUAACUAGCGGCACAGAUGGCUUUAUUGGAGGGACUGUAUUCGCUGUCGUUGGGGGUAAUGGGAUCUCUACGGUUAUAUGCAGCCUGUCGGUAGGACACGGCAGCCAAACUGCAGCGGAAAGCCACUGCGAUAUCUCGUAUCGACUGGCGAUAUAUAUACAAAGUGCACAGAGUGUCUUUUUUUCGGUCUUUGACUCGUCUAACUGCAAAUGGGCUUUAAUAUUGGUCAAAUGAAGUAAUUUGAAGCCUGCAAUUCAGUCCCCGGGUGCAGUCUUGAGCGUGUGAUGAUAGGAGACACAAUGACGCUUUUGUCUCUUUUGGGUCGCAUCAUGCGUUAUUUCUUACUCAGGCCAGAGACCUUGUUUCUGUUGUGUAUCAGCUUGGCCCUUUGGAGUUACUUCUUCCACACUGACGAGGUGAGGACCAUCGUCAAGUCCAGCCGGGAUGCCGUGAAGAUGGUGAAGGGGAAAGUGGCGGAGAUGAUGAUGAACGACCGGCUCGGGGGUCUGGACGUCCUGGACGCGGAGUACUCCAAAACAUGGGAGUUCAAGAACAACAAUGUCGCUGUGUACUCGAUACAGGGCCGAAGAGACCACAUGGAGGAUCGCUUUGAAGUCCUAACCGAUCUGGCGAACAGGAGCCACCCUUCAAUAUUUGCUAUUUUUGACGGCCACGGUGGAGAGGCAGCCGCUGAUUAUGUGAAGGCCCACCUGCCCGAGGCUCUGAAACAGCAGCUGCAGGCCUACGAGCGGGAAAAGAAAGACAAUGCCCUCUCCUAUCCCACAAUUCUAGAACAGCGCAUUCUGUCUGUGGACAGGGACAUGGUGGAAAAGUUAUCUGCCUCCCAUGAUGAAGCAGGCACAACUUGUUUGCUUGCCUUGUUGUCAGACCGGGAACUGACAGUGGCAAAUGUAGGGGACUCUCGGGGUGUUCUCUGUGAUAAGGACGGCAAUGCUGUGGCACUGUCACAUGACCACAAGCCUUACCAGCUAAAGGAGCGCAAGAGGAUCAAGAGAGCAGGUGGUUUCAUCAGUUUUAAUGGAUCUUGGCGCGUUCAGGGUAUCCUUGCCAUGUCGCGCUCACUGGGUGACUACCCUCUUAAGAACCUGAAUGUGGUCAUCCCAGACCCAGACAUCUUGACCUUUGACCUGGACAAGCUACAGCCCGAGUUCAUGAUCUUGGCCUCCGACGGUCUGUGGGAUGCAUUCAGCAACGAGGAAGCUGUGCGCUUUGUCCGGGAACGAUUGGAUGAGCCGCUCUUUGGUGCCAAAAGCAUUGUGCUGCAGUCCUUCUACCGCGGCUGCCCCGACAACAUCACGGUCAUGGUGGUGAAGUUCAAGGGCAGAUCUGGGAGCAAAACUGGAGAGUAAUUUGACUGUAAACCAAUAAACCGCCUCAGUUGUCUUUCCAUGUAUAUUGCCAGAGGCUAAAAAGUGUAAUAUAAGAGGCAAAACAAAUUUCUCACAAAUACAAUAUACUGUAUAGGCACGCAUUUGCAUGUGCAAACAUGCUUUCCCUAUGUUUUUUGUUUAGUUUGUUUUUUGUGCCAAAUGGACACUUUUUAAAAUGUUUUGGAAAUUACUCUUCUUUCAGUUAUCCUGAAAAGAUUAUGUAUCCUGGCCUUACUUACAAAGAGCAAUAUUAUUUGUGAAAUAAACCACAAUUGGCGUAAAUGGCCUUUAUUGCCUUGAAGAUGCACUUUUAGUAGUUUGUUUUCUUUUGUUUUUGUGUAUUAAAGAGCUGUCAAUACUGUAUCUAGCUCUUUCAUUUGGAUGUGCAUGAUCCGCUCAUAUCAGUUUAGAGGAUCUAUGCUGAUUUACACUGGCGCUGUUCAUCUGUUAUACUGUAAGUUAUGGUUAGAUUAAGACUGUAAUGUUGGAUUAAGAAAGAAUGUUGCAACUUGAAUAAACUGUUGAGCUUAAUUUUAAGUCUGUAUCAAAUGAAUAAAUGAUGGUCAAAAGGAAUAAAGCAGUCAUUCCUUCCCUUUUAAGUCACUAUUUCUGUUAGAUACAAUACAAACAUGGACCGUAGGUGGUGUGUUAUGUAAUUAAUAUGUGACCAUUUAAGAUGAUUAAAUUAUCACUGGCAAAAUUCAUUCUCUUUAACUACUAGUUUACUGAAGAAAAAAUACAAUUUCCAUAACAGCCCCAAUCAAAAAAAGUUAAAUUUCUUGCAUUGUGCAAAAUGUAUGUGGGAGUUUGAAGCGAUUAAAUAAACUUAAAUUCAG